AUCCGUAGUGUUGCGUUGUUGUACUCAUUGGUCGAAGAAAUCCCGACUUCACGCCUAGCAGGGGUAAAUCGCACUUCCCGCUGGAACCGCCUUCAUUGUAGUCCACUACUACUUCACAAGACAAAACAGUGUCUUUUCCUACAAACAACGUUUGCCGACUGCCUCGAACAGUCACUACUCUACAGUUCGCUAACAUUCCAACCACGUUGUGCUGGAACUCUAACAGAUCAAUACUCUGAGGUUUUCAUCAGUCGUGUAAUGAUAUAGAACAACCUUCUCUGUUGUUCUUUCAACAAAGGUAUGGUCAACCGCCCGCAGCUUGAAAGUAUCGCUUGGAACGAAAAUUGUACGGGUUCAAGUAACAAAAGGUUUCUCUCAUUGGAAAGUGUCAAAGCUUCGAAAUCCAAUGGAUGGUUUCUAUCAACACUACGUCCCCGGCGGCUCGGGAGAGGAAACGAGUCCAGGAUCCCAGGAUGCCCAUUCGUAUAUCCACAACCCCCAAAUGCAACUGGAUGGCAGCGAGAUGCCUAUAAUCAAUCCCUACGAAAGCUUAGGCUACGUCACCGGAUUCCCAGAUCCUAUCAUGUUUCAACCUCCAAAGCCUCAACACUCUCGGAGUCGAAGGAAAUCCGCGCCAGGUAUAGAUCAUGUGAAGCAUCGUCGAACAAGGUCUGGGUGCUACACAUGUCGGAGUAGACGUGUUAAGUGCGAUGAAACACAUCCCACAUGCGAAAGGUGCCGAAAGGGCAAACGAGAAUGCGUGUAUCCCGAGAUAUCAAACAGCAAAUCUUCUGAUUCGGCGCCCAAGGAUGGAACAAGCUCGGGACAGACAGAGAGUCCCGGGCAUACACCGGAAGAUGAUGACGACGACGACGAAGCGGAGCGGGACACAAAGCUAGAGUCAAUCCAAGAUGAGGACGAACCUACGGAGGACUCACCCAGGCAUAUCUACUCAUCAUUUAGGCGAGCAAGUGCUGCCUCGACCUCAACAUUGCCCAAAGCGAGUACGCGCUACGAUUCCGAAACGCCGUCCGCAGACGGGACUAAAAGCUCGUCUCCAUCCCUUUCAACGGGCACAAGUACUGGGUUCAUAGCACCGUUUCGGGCGUCAGAUCCUUCCAUCCAACCAGGACCACUAGAUUGGUCUCAUCUUUCACCAGAUCUCCGGUUUUUCCUGGACUAUUAUUGCGAGAAUAUUUCUUACUACAACUAUGGCCUGGUUGUUGAUCCAGAAGACUUCUUCAGAACUUUCUUGCCAGGCACGGCAGUUAGACAGGGCAAUGACGCGUUGCUGUAUGCAGUCGUGGGUUUUUCUGCGUACCAUUAUACGAUCCAAAACCCAAAAGGCCAAAUACAGGAUUUUCUAAAAUACUACAACAAGAGUGUCACCCUACUCUUGGCUUCUUUCAGGAAGAAAGAGAAACAGAACACCGCUACUUUACUCACCAUUCUCCAACUUGCCACUAUCGAGGAAUAUUUUGGUGAUUGGGUUAGUCUGAUGGGCCAUCAGAAGGCCGCCUUGCAGAUACUCACAACACUGUUUACGCCACAAACAGCAAUGCAAUCGUAUGUUACUCGAACACUCUUAUCUUGGUAUGUUAGAUUCGAUGUGUUUGUUGGAAUGCUCGGUGGAUUUGAAACGCGUCUCCCCCGCGAUUGGUUUUCGACAAUAUUAAGUUUUUUUGAGAAUCAACUGGCAAACGAGGGGAGUGAUGUGGACUUGAAAUUCGAGCUCUACUCCUCGGCAAUGAAUCUGAUAACAGUGGAUAUGUCACUUCUUUAUGCUCAGGGUGGUCGAGGUGAGAUUUCUGGCGCAGACUUCUCCUUGGAGCAUCAGCGUCUUGAGGGACGACUGAGAGACUGGAAGGCAAAACUUGUUAAGGAUCACGAGUUGUGUGACCAGGAUCACCUCGUGACUAAUUUCGAGCACCGGAAGCCCUUGACCGACGACGAUAUUGUCGACCCUUACGAAUGCCGGUUUCUCUAUCGUCCGCCAUUCUUCUCAACCACCAUUCUGCUUUCUAUAUGGCGUUCUAUCCUUGUCAUGCAUAAGACCCAGGAAGCCUUUGCAUUGCAGCAGGAACCGUCGAAGGAGUUGCGAGAAUUGGGAUAUGAAAUUUGUCAAAUCUUCGAAACCGUUUCAAGAUGGCCUUUCGCGCCGCGCGGUGCUUUGAUCAUACUCCAGUCUGGUCUAGCUAUUGGUACGCUGUUCCUUCCGAAGGAUAGUAAACAUCAGCUAUGGAUGAGGCAGAAGUUUGCGGCCAUUGAAGCUUUAGGAUACGUGUUUCCGCUUACUAUGCGGUCACGAUUCUCUCAAAUCUUCCAAGAUCCGUCCUGUGUGCACUGGUGGCUCCCAAAUGACGAGGGGCUGACUCCUAUCGUGCGAAACAUCCGUUCUUUCGCAGACGAGCGUAAUGCGAACCCGGUCUCUGAGCAGACAGAAAAUCUCCGGGAAAUGAGUUCAAUCUUUGCAAAGAUGGGUCUAGGCAGCCGCGACGAUAGUUCAUCUCCCCUCGAACCAUCCCCUCCCAGGAAAGGCAAGAACGUUAUGAGUUAGAGACAAGCCCAGCCUACAAAGGUUAUAUGUAACCAUGGCCCACUUCGGAUCGCCUGGGUUAUCAGGUUCUGCAUAGUCAAAGAAGACAUGAGGAUCGUGAAGCCAUCGAUUGUAUGUCAAAAAUAGUAUGGAAAUCUGAGAGAUCGAUGCACGGGAUUAGUCGCUUCGAUUACAGCCAAUUUUGGAACAGUUGGACACAA